CUGGCACUCUUCAUUGGGCCAUACAUAAACAAAUCAAUGGCCACGUUAUCCCCACGUGUCUCUCAAUACCUCCACCGCUACAUCUUUGAUUUAUCCUGCAACACAUUAGGGUUCAUCUUUGCCUCAAUAUCUCCAACGGGUGACUGAAUUCUCUCACGACAGCCGCUAACCCGGCGACUCUAGCGACGAUGGUGACUGAUGGUGGUCUAACCGAAGAUGACCUAGGGCUCCACUGUGAACCCUAUUGGUGGUGGUUUAUCUCCGUCGUUCGCCGGAAUUUACAGCGGUUUGUAUGGUGGCUAUGGUUGCGAUUCCGUGUCACGGAAAACAUUCAUCAUUUAUUAAAUGUGGUUGCUAUUGUGGCUGCUGCAAAAGACCAUUGAAGAUAAACUAGCUGCUUGUAAUUGCCUCAAGUCGGCUUCGAGAAGCCUAAACCCAAAUCCGGCGCUAGCUAAAACACUUCCUGGAAAUUGUGGGAUCAGUUUGGGUUUCUCCAUGUCAGCUAACAUUUAUUGCACCAAGUUCUCGGCAGGACCGUUAAAGGGCGUUUGGUUUGGUGGCGGCGAGGAUCGCUGGUGUAUAGAUCUUUGUGGUCGUUUUAGGGUUUCGCGGAUGAUUGUAUUCUGGAUAACCAUUAACCCUUCGGUUUACCUGUUACACAGUUGAUUUGUUAGGCUUUGGUUUCAUACCAUUUAUGGUUGUGAUGAGUUCUUAGAUUCUGCUGCUGAAAAUUAAUGAGCAUCUUGCCUUUGGGUGGCAGGGAUUGUGGAUGGUGGGUCUUAACCUGCAACCCCCUGCAGCCAUUGAUAUUUCAUUGUUUACAGAACUCUGAACCUGUGCUUGACUUCCAUUGCUAUUUACGGUUUGUAAGGCUUAUGAAAUCUGCUAGCAGUUUUAUAAAGUUCUACAGUUAGAGGCACCAAUCUCUAGACAUGUGAUGGAGAAUGAACUGAUGUCACCUCCAAUGCUGGUGAAGAUUUUGUUUAAGAACAUGAACAAGAAGGUUCGUGAGAAGAAGCAGCUAGCAAAUAUGCAGGUGUUGAGCUGGCGAAAAGCUCAGUUUGGACGCUACGGGGUGCGUAAUAAGUCGGAAAUGAAUCAUCAGGUGUGUGAAAAGACGAUUCCCAGACAAGCAAAAUACCAACGUACUGGAAACUACAAUACAUCUGGAAAGGGCAGAUGUGUUUAUGAGACUGCUAAGAAGUUGGCACACAUGGGCAUUGGUGCUACUGUUCCGAGACGGCAUCAAAUUUAUAUUCAUCCACCUUGUAGACCUUAUUGCAGCAAGGUGGCGGGUAUGAACAGAAUUGGUUUCUUCUAAGUAAUGCUCGAACAUUGGGUUGGUAUGAGUUAUGUAUUACAUCAGCUACUUUGACAUACUAUUGUAUCGGUCUUCUUUCUACUAUAAAAUGAAAGGUCUAUGGUUUCAGUC